UUUCUGUCUUCAGUAUGUCUGGCCGAGGCAAGGGCGGGAAAGGUCUGGGUAAAGGCGGCGCCAAGCGCCACCGCAAAGUGUUGCGCGACAACAUCCAGGGCAUCACCAAGCCCGCCAUCCGCCGCCUGGCCCGGCGCGGAGGAGUGAAGCGCAUCUCCGGCCUCAUCUACGAGGAGACCCGCGGUGUGCUGAAGGUGUUCCUGGAGAACGUGAUCCGCGACGCCGUCACCUACACGGAGCACGCCAAGCGCAAGACCGUCACCGCCAUGGACGUGGUCUACGCGCUCAAGCGCCAGGGCCGCACCCUCUACGGCUUCGGUGGUUAAGGGCAGCAGUGGGGGCCAGAGGAUGGGGUGUCCUAACCUAUAACCAACCCUGCGUCCAACCAUGGAGUAUAUACUGCUGCAUUUCAUCACAUUGUAAUCCCAGUUGAGACUCCUCAGGACCCGCCCUAUAAUCUCAUCAUCUCAGACAAAGGAACAAAGUGAGAUCCACAUGAAAGGAGAGAAAUGGCCAUGACAAUGAAAGCUAAGGCCUUACUUCCACCCAGGUUUUCUAUUAAAGCAGUGAAU